AUGAAUCGUCCAGACCUAGACAUAGAUGCAGAACACUUCCCUUUGUAUGAUGGUGACUUGAGGCUCAGUAGCCAGAGAGGGACCUCAAACCGUCCAAGUUACCCAGUUUUGGUCCUUGGUGUUGCUUUGCUUGCUCUUGCUUUCAUUGUUCAAAAGAACAAAGCCUGGUCUGGGACGACGGGAGUGGGAUGCACGCCGGGCUGCCCAAGGGCACGGCUGAUCGCCCUUCCUCCAGAAGGAUCCGAAGCCUGGGGCUGCCGUAGCAUCUCGCGCUCCCUUCAAAUGGAGCCAGAAAAUAACACAAAAAUUUCAGAAUUUCUCCUUUUGGGAAUUUCAGAGGUCCCCAGCUUGCAACUUUUCCUUUUUGGAGUUUUCCUGUUUUUGUAUCUGGUCACUGUGUUUGGGAACCUACUUAUCAUCCUGGCCACGAUCUUCGAUUCCCAUCUGUACACACCCAUGUAUUUCUUCCUCUCUAACUUGUCUUUUGUUGACAUCUGUUUCACCUCUACUACAAUCCCAAAGAUGCUGGUGAAUAUUCAUACACACAACAAGAUCAUAACCUAUAAAGGCUGCAUCAUUCAGAUAUACUUUUUCAUACUCUUUGGAGUUUUGGACAACUUUCUCCUAACUGCUAUGGCCUAUGACCGCUUUGUGGCGAUAUGUCAUCCCUUGAAUUAUACAGUCAUCAUGAAUCACAAGCUCUGUGUAUUGCUAGUUUUGGUGUCCUGGCUCACAAUUGUCUGCUUAUUUUAUUGUACAUGCCUAGGGGUGUACUUCAGUUCAUCUGCUAUACACAACUCACACUCCAGUGCAACAGCCUCGGUGAUGUACAGUGUAGUCACACCAAUGCUAAACCCCUUCAUCUACAGUCUAAGGAAUAAGGACCUAAAGGAGGCUCUAGGAAAGCUAUUCAAAAAGUAA